GAACAACUUCACAGUGUAAUGAACAAAGACAACUAUUUCCUCAACAUGAUGCAACCAGCUACACACGUAUUCAUGAAACGACUUCUUGUUCAUCUGCAAAACAAGAAAAAAAACAACGAGGAGAUCGGUCGUCAAGAGCAGGCCCUACAAAAGCAUGGAUUAGUAGCACAUACGACUGUUGAUUCAUUAGGAAGGAUCAUUAUCGCUGGAAAUAUAGAUGCUGCUUUUGGGACACAUUCAAGUGACGAGAAUACGGUUAGCAGUCCUACUGGCAAUGUCAAUGAAGCGAGAGUUGACAACCCUUGGGAAAAGGAAGAAUUGACGGAAGAACCUGACGUUCGGUUUAUACCUCGAGGACUAGAAAAUCCACCGAAGAAAAAUCGUUGCUUUGUAAACAGCUUAUUGCAAUGUCUGGCAUCGUGUAUUCCAGUGAAAUCCCCCAGCGGAAGCGACCUUUCGUGGUUGUUGUUUUACUUAGCCCGAACAUACAUCGAAGUUAGACAAGAAGAUGUAUCCCAGAAAUUGGAGAGCCUUGCGUCUAAACUCGUGAAUUCGAACGAUCCCGAUGAUCCAGGCGAUUUUCUUUACAGUCUUUUACGCUACACUUCGUCUGUAGGCGAUGAAGCACUGCAGAGUGCCUGUCGUGGAGUUGAAAGGGUGCAGUUAGUAUGCUGAAGUUGUGGAAAACAUAACGAGCACCAGGAUGUUGCCUUCACAGUUUUAAACCUGCCAAGUAGAGAAAAAUGUCUUCAAACGGUGGAAAAUAUGCUGCUAAACUACUUCGAGCUGGAAGAUAAGGAACUUAAAUCUUCAUUUUGUGUCUGUGAAGAAAAAGAGAAAGAUAUCGUAGAAUUGCGACAGC